AUGGACUUUGGUGGGCCCUUUAAUGAAGCCUUUUCAGGCAAGGCAUUUGCUACAUAUGUAGAUUUCCAACGAUCAAUCGAAGAAUUUCAAGAGGUAAUUCCAGUUGAUGUAAUUCCACUUUGCUGGAGCUCUUGGGUUCCGGUGUUACCGUAUGUUGUCAUAACCGAUUACACCCCACAAUUCAUGCAGACUUUCCCCUCUUUGGUAUUUUCAUCGUUAAGCGAAUUAGAAGAAAAAAUGGAAGAAUUUCAGUCUAAAACAGGCUGCAUGUACGCAAAACGGCACACCUGCCCGUGGCCAAAAGACGACUUAGAACACCAGGACGUGGUUUAUAAAAAGUUCGCUUACGAGUGUUUUCACUACGGUUAUUGCAAGGACGGCAAAGUUGUCAAGUCCUCACGCACUGGCUGCAAGUCGGUUGUGUUUGUGAGCUGUCGAAACAAUCUACUGCACAUAGCACGCUUCGACAUGCGUCAUAAUCACCCAAUUUCAGGUUCGUCUGGCAACGUGUACCGUCGCAAUCGUCGCCUUAAUCCACAACAGCAAGCAGCUGUCAAGGAGUUGCUCAAGGAGGAGCAACAGGAAUUCGCCCUGAAAGAAUACAUCCAAAACUCAUUUCAGGUUUACCUAACAACUGCCGAUAUUCGCAACUUAAAACGGAAACUACAGCCGAAGAAAACAUCUCGCAGUGUUAUGGGUCUGACGCUAAAGAAUUUAGGUGACGAAGGUUACGCGGAAGUCUUAACCGACGGAGAUGGCGUCAACCGUGUGGUGUCGUUCACGUCGCCUGCUUUGGUAAAAAACUUUAACAUUUACCCAGAGGUUGUCCAAAUACGGGAACUCCGUGGAGCCCCCUACAUGGUCUACCACUUCUCCGUUAUCGAUCGUGAACUCGUCAACCAGACAGUCAUGUUCUCCUUCGUUCUCGACCACGGCGUCUGCGGCGUUUUCGCACCAGUCAUUCAGUCCUUCAAACGUCUCAUGCAGAACCGGGUGGAUGAAAUCGAGACAGUUUUUAUUGACUCCAGCCCCACGGAGUGCCAUGCAUUUAGACAGGAGUUGCCCUGGGCCCGUCUUUUGUUCUACCAAAGCGGUGUUCUUCAGCAAGUGGAAGAUCAACUCGACGAUGACUCGUUUGUGCACUGCGACAAGAAAAGUCUCUUCCAGCACGUUCACUCGGCUCUGACGGCGCACGACCGUAGUGCCUAUUUGCAGGUUCUCGAGGAAAUCGCGUCCUCGUCACCGCCUUUUUGGUCAGUGGUCAACGAAACGUGGAUGCCCUACGCAGAACAAUGGGCCGAGCAUCUGCGUUUGUCCCAGCUAACCUUCGGCGUGGACGAAAGGGCUCCUUUCAGCGUGGAGACCUACGAGGCAGUGCUUAGAACCGACGAGAAUCUCGAUGUGUGCGCGAAGAAGCUGCUUGAAGUCGCCGUUCCACCGAAACCUCCUGGUGAGGUCGUCUGCAAGCGAGACUUCCCUGGUCAGCCCGACGACAUCCAGGCUCUGUUGCGUCUGCUCUCCGAACCGGUGGCAGAGCGACUGCUGGAGCACCUUCAGGACACGCCUCAAAUGACGGAGGUGUUGACGAGUUUGCCAGGGAGAAAGUGUUACUGCGCAUUCAAUCGACAAUGGCGACUGCCGUGUCACCACCUAAUGAGGGUCGCCAGACUGGCGUACAUCCCCCUGCCUAGCCUAUUGAAGGACUCACGUUGGCUGGAGCAGUGGCCGGCCGAAUACUCGGACGUGGGUCACGUCGCGGAGACGGUGGUGGUGGAGGAGGAGGACGAAAGCGAACUCGACUUCAUGUCUCCCAACGCGAAGCUAAUGAAAAUCGACCUUCAGCUGCAGAACAUCCAGGAAAUGGUAGUCUCGUCGGACGCGGACAAAUUCAAACGACGGCAAAGGGAGCUGAGGGAUCUUGAGAGUCGAUGGUUGAAGGAGGACGGGUCCGUGCCGGGAACAAGCCGCGGAUCGUAG